AUGGCCAUGUUGAUUGAUGGGCGGCAACACCGCUUCCGGCUUUAUUUAAAUGGCACGGCAAGUUCUUCAACUCCGUUUCUCAAGCCGUAUCUCUUAUUCAACGAAAGUUAUAUAGUUGCCAUCUUCAUCGCUUGCCUAUUCUUGAGACAGCAACCGUCGUACGCUGUAUACAUGGCUUAUCGUUCCGUGUAUCUGGACAAGUAUCGUGGCUCUCCAAGCCAACGCGCCCAUUUCGCCAUUUUCAUUCCAAAUUCUACCAACGACAACCCGGAUCUGGACAAAGAAUGGAAAUCAAAACCAUGCAUGGGCACCGUCAUCCACGUCGUGGGUGAACCGCUGAGGAAUGGCUAUACGCUCGAGUUCAAACGGAACGAGUGUAGUACUUCUCCCGACAUAGAUGAACUCGUGUUCCUCGGAACCGUUGACUCAACUCACGUCCAUGACCCCCCAAACCCAGAUUUUGUGAGGGAGACUCAUCCACGACAAACACUCGAACAGGAAAUAGCCACGAUAGCCCAUCCUCCCAGAGGCCAGGAUAUUCGAGCUCCCAUCGAUGGUGUUCACACGAAGCGGUGCCAAGAAUGGACCAUGGAAUGUCUCUCUCGACUGGAGGAGCAGCGCCUUAUCAGCUCUGGCGCUGUCGACAUCGCGCAGAGCCAUCGAGACGCGCCGAAUCAUGGUAUAUUUGGGCAGUCGGGGUCUUCCAAGACCCCAGGUAGCGCUGCACAGUAA